CGGCUGCGCGGCUCCGGGUCACUCAGCCGUGUGAUGCGCGCUGAAUGGGCUCAACAUGGCGGAAACUCUCGCACCUACUCCGGCUCUUGCUGUCCCUCUAUCCCGCUGCAGAAUCACUUUGUUAUAAAGUUUCCCGGAGGAGUUUUUCUGGAAACACUGGCGUCAGAUGAGAGACCGUGAGACUCCGGUGAAGAUGAACGGCGCACGCGCAGGGGUCCCGGGCUCUCCUCCAUCCCCGUCCCGGCCCGCAGAGCACGUGCUGAACUCCGGAGCGGUCAUAUUCCCAGGUGUGUUUGACCAGCACGGCUGUCCUCUGGUCCUGUUCCCGGCGGAGGCGCAGAGUAAACUCUCAGUGGAGCUGAGCAGAGAGGAGGUGUCACACUUCAUACACUACUGUCUGCGUCUGCACAAUAUCAGAGGUGAGGACAGUCUGCUGUCUGUGGUGGUUGAUCUGAGACAAGCCAGCCUCACCAUCGCACGGUUUAUCGCUGAAACUCUUCUGUUGUUGGAGUUUGACAGGAGGAUCAUCCAUUCUGUGUAUGUUGUUCAACCGAAGAAGAAAGAUGUGCAGAAGCAGCUGGGGAAACUCCUGACGCAGAGCGGGUCCAAGCAGCACAGACCCGUCCUCUUCAAACGCAUUUUCCUCAAAGAGGUUUUUGAACUUUCCAACUACAUCGACAGAAGCCAGUUACCGUCCAGUUUGGGUGGAUACCUCAUCUACUGCCAUAAGAGCUGGGCUGCCUUCGUGAAGGAGAUUGACACAUUUGUGCAGGAGUUCCUGUUGGUGGUGAACAGACUGCCGUCCUGCAUCUCGACUCUACAGUCACUCUCAAAGCUUCCCGUUCCUGCAGACUUUGAGCGGCUCCGAGAGUUUUGCUCUGUGAACGAGGGCCGUUUCCAGCAGCUGAGGAGGGAUCUUGGUUUAGAUGACUUGUUGAAGCAUUGUGAGUGUUUGUUGGAGAAGCUGCGUUUCCCGGAGAAUGAGCCCUGCUUUCAUGCCAUGGCUGGAACGGUCCUCUACACGCACACCGCACUAGAGAUGCUCCGCAACUACAACCGGAUAACGGCAGCGGUGGAGAAGGUGGAGUUGCUGUGGCAACAGGCCUUUUCUAAAGCCCACGUCCAGCUGCAGGUGCUCCGUCUACAGCGAGAGGCUCAACAGAUCCAGGAGCAGAUGGUGGCGCUGCACAGGCAGAAGGUGCAGCCGUACAGGACUGAAGUGGCUAAAGACGCCCACAGGGCUGAAGAGCUCCGGCUGCAGUUUGAGGUGUCAGUUUACACUCAUGCCAUGGCACUAGUUCGUCGUGCUGAGGACAUCAUCCACACAUUAGCAGAGACCGUUCCGAUAACUGAGAGAAAGCCUGCGGAGCCGUGGCUGGAUGAUUUGGCCAGAUUAAAGGAGAACCUCUUCUCUGCUGUUCAGCAUCCGUACCAGAUCCUGAGGAGCGUGUCUGACUUCCAUCACACCUAUAACAGAUGCAAGAGCUGGUACGAGCGAGUGCUUGGUGAGAGCCUCCUGCAGGAGCUGCUGUGGACCGAACACUGUGAGGGUGUGAGCGAGGGCGGAUCUUCCUCUGAUCUGCGCUCCGGCUCGUCCACCUGGAGACGAGGAGUCCAGACCUUCCUCAGGAGAAAUCCCUGUCCGGAGGUGCAGGAGCUGGUGAAGCUGGCACGUCUCUCUAACACUAUAACUGACCCCAACCUUCAGCAGACGGGCACGCAGCUGUCUCACAGAUGCAUGACUCUGAGGAGACUCUUGACCUCACCGGGUACUGUUCCCCUUCAUGACCUUCAUCUUGCCCUCCAGUGGCAGUAUGAGUACCUCAAGGGUCACCACAAGACCUCUGACAUCACUUCCCUUGAGGAUCAGCGCAAUACCUGUAGUCUGCCUCCAGACUCUGUCCAACCGACACUUGUGGUUUCUCCUUGUGAUAGCUUGUGCGAUUUGACCAAGUGGCCUUCAGUUGGGGACUGUCACCAGCAGGCCUCGCCCAGCGGAGCCGCAGCCAAACCUCCGUCUCUCAGCUCCUUUGACUCUGGCUUUGAUGGAGCAGGUAACAGUCAUCUGGAUAGCAGGAGCAGAAGGGAUAUUCUCCCUAGGUUUCUGGGAAACGGAGACUCUGCUUUCAAGUCGAAACCCCUUCACGGUCAGAUUCAAGAGGAGAACAUAGUGAGCGUGUCUGACUCUGAGGAUCAGCGUGAAGAACUAGGGUUCAGCUUACAGCGGGACGCCACCCGGGCCAGUAUUCAGAUCGUUCCCAAAAUAACCUCAGACUCUGUGAACCUGGAGAUCAAAGUGAAGCGGUCGGCCACGCUACCCAAGAACCCCUGGCUGAGCCUCCCGAUAGAUGAUCUGGAAAGCUCUUAUACGGUUACCAUUACGCCCAACUCCAACCCGCGGAGGGACCCAAGGAGCCCCAGUCCCUCUGAACGCUCAGACUGGGCACGAGACCAGCCGACGCAGACGGACGGCAAACACCAGCAGAGUCACCAGAGCUUUGAGGAGUCUGAGCUGAAUCCCCUAGGUAACGUCCUGUCCAGUACCUUAACGGAUAAUGAAGAGAAACCCAGCAGCACUGUGGAUGGAGAUCCUUCUCUUCUCUGGGACUCGUUCGAUCUGCACAACCUCAGACGGGACUCUUUUGAACGGUUGGACGUGUCUCUCGGCGACUGGGUUCAGAGAGAGCAACAAGAGCUAAAGGAGGUGGAGGAGACGUUAGAGCGAACAGCUGGGAUAUUAGAGGAGGAAGAGAAUGUGCUUGCACAGGAAGUGGUCCUGGAUGAGUUGUUGAGGUCAGAGGACCUACACAAACACUGGCCCUUAUGGACUGAAGAACACCAGCACAGUAUGAUGUCCCCGAGAGAUCUGGCUGAAUCUGGCGUGAUCGGAUUGGAUGAUGUCCUUCAGAGUGAACUUGCUGCUUUGGACUCCGAGACUCUGAAAACCAGUGAAAGCGACUCGGACACUCCAGGGUUAGUCAAUGAAAGUCCAUCAACGAGUCAAAGGCCUGUGCAGCUGGACACUAGAUGUCCUGAGGUAGACAACAUGGGGAUCCUUCGAGAGCUUAGAGAUCUUCAAGUUCUUGAGGAGCAAAUUAAGGAGGAGCAAUUGAAACUCGAAGCACUACGCUGCACUAAGACUGAGAGGCUUCAGUCGGAAGAACAGACGCUGGGUCAUGUCCCAACACGCAGCUCCUGUAGGGAGAGGAGGAUGUUCCUGGCACAGCUAGAGAAGGAGAAACUGGAAGUGGAGAUGAUGGAGAAAAGCCUGAGCAGAGAGAUGGAGAAAGCAGGAAAGGUGAGGAAGAGGUCAAGCAAAGGCCACAGAGUUGUCAAAUGUUCAGUCAUGGAGAGAAACUCGAAGCUGAAAGAUCUGGACGGCGAGUUGUUGAGGAACUGUAGGCUCCAGCAGCAGAGUCCUGAAUCUGUUCAUCAUGACCCUCACCAUACAGAUGUGGAGAAGCCAGAUUCUUCUUUUGUUUUAAACACAGAGGAGUGCAGCAGUACAGUGCCUCCAAAUCCAGGUGAAGAAGCCAGUCUUACAGACUCGAGUGUGACUCCUGAGCCUUUGAGUUCAACAAGCCAGUCUUUUCCUACCACAAGCUUGAGUGAGAUUGAGAUUGGAGCUCCUGCAGUGCCUGACUCUGUUCCUUGCGCUGAAUCCCUUCAGGAUGCCCAGUCUGGUCAUGGAGAGCCAUUUAUGUUGAGCAGUUUGUCUGGUACUCCUGAUCAGAAACUGGAAGCCUCUGAAGGCCCAAACAUCCAUCUUGAGCAUCCAAAGGCUGAAACGUCUUCCUGCGACUGUCCAGAUGGUGGUGAUUCUGCUGCGGAUCAAGUUGAGCUGGAGACUGGUGAAGCGCCCUCGACCCAGAAGUGCAGUGUCGUGCGAGAUGCAUUUGAUCCCGGAGGCGUCGUGAUUUCUCCAGUUCCUGCACCGCGGAAGGUCUUGCCUCUCGACGACCAGCAGACACGACCAUCAGCCUCUGAACAGGUGGAACCAGAGCUCUCCGCAGCUACCUCAAAGCUCGAGGCCUGCACACAGAGCACAUCUCAAGGCCAGCACAUGCAGAACAAUAACAACAACACUGCAGUGGUGUGCAGUGAAGAGACCCGAGAGAUCUCUGGCUCCUCUACGACCACCCCAGAGACACAGGUGCUACCCUACCAUGAUGACAACUCCACGACUGGGCCGUGUGUGGGCCGUGAUGGUGUUUCCGAUGACUGUGCAGGCUCCAUGAGAACAGUCUGCAGAUCUCCAAUCAGCCAGCUGCAGCUGAACGCCUCCACUAGACAGAUGAGCGAUUAUAAGACGCCCAUCGUGCUGGACACAGGGUCUGGUUUGAUGAAGGCAGGGUUUGCAGACCAGGAUCUUCCAACCACGGUGUUCCCGACGGUCAUCGGCCAUCCCAAAUAUGAGGAAAUAAUGAACGGUAGUGUGGAGAGAGAGGUGUACAUUGGGCAUGAUGCGCAGCACAUGAGAGGAGUGCUGACAUUGAAAUAUCCCAUCAGGAACGGCAUUGUACGCAACUGGGAUGAGAUGGAGAUGAUCUGGCAUCAUGCGUUCCAGCAGCUGUCCGUGUGUCCUGAGGAUCAUCCGGUGCUGCUGACCGAAGCCGCCAUGAACCCGGUGCAGAACCGGCAGCGGAUGGUGGAGCUGAUGUUCGAGGACUUCAGCGUCCCGCUCACAUUUGUGGCUCUGCAGGCUGUGCUGGCGCUCUACGCCUCGGGACGGACCACCGGUGUGGUGCUGGACUCAGGAGACGGUGUCAGUCACAGUGUUCCCGUGUUCGAGGGUUACUGUCUGCCUCACGCCGUUCAGCGCUUCAGCCUCGCUGGCGCCGACGUCACCCUGCAGCUGCAGAAGCUGCUGCUGGAGCAGGGCGUGUGUAUGCGGACUUCAGCGGAGCUGGAGAUCGUGCGAGAGAUGAAGGAGAGAUGCUGCUGUGUGGCUCUGGAUUAUGAAGCCGAGCUGAAGAGCGCAGGAACAGCCUCCUCAGAAGUGCACUACACGCUCCCUGACGGACGGGUCGUCUCGCUGUCCUCCGAACGCUUCCGGGCACCUGAAAUCCUCUUCAGGCCGGAGCUGAUUGGACGAGAUCAUUACGGGAUGCACGAGAGCGUCUUCAAGUCUGUUCUGAGGUCAGACAUCGACCUCCGCCGCAGUUUUGUGGGAAACAUCCUUCUGUCAGGCGGGAACACGCUGCUGCCAGGCCUCCCCGAGCGUCUGCAGCAGGAGAUCCGACACAUGGUCCCUGCGGAUCUGAGCGCGUGCGUGCGGGUCAUCAGCCCGCGGGAGCGAGACUUUUCCGUGUGGAGCGGCGGCGCGGCGCUGGCCCUCAUGCCAGACCUUGGCAGCGCCUGGAUCAGUGCGGAGGAGUACGAGGAGUUCGGCCCGCAGAUCGUCUUCAGGAAGUGCUUCUGAGCUGAUCUUAAUGUGUUUUUAACUCUUUUAGACAGGGUUUUUGUUGUUUUUGGUGCUGUAGAGUCCACUGAUAGUGCCAAGUGUUCAUCUGAGACUCAAUGUGUGAGUCCGUGUGUUAAUAUUUGCAGGUUUCCAAGAGGAAAAACGACCCUUUUUAAGCUCUUCACACUUAUACUGGUUGUAUCAAUCAGACUGUCUGUCUCUUCAACACAUCAAUUAUAAUAUAAUCAAUCAUAUCUAAUAUGUAAAUUUAUAUGUGUAUGUGUGUUUAACAUAUCUAUGAGAUAUUAAUAUGACCUUUUCAGUGUUCUGGUGCUUUUCAUGAGGCUGAUGGUGCAACUUUUACAUGUAUGGAUCCGGUUCCCAUCGGGUCGGGCUGGACGUGAGGAGCUUCAGUGACGCAUCAUUUCCUCCAUAUGCAGUUUCUCAACUUUUCCUCUGACACCUGUGUGUGUUUGUGUGUGUUUUUCUGAGCAGGAUUGAUUGCAUGAAUUUCACUUCACAUCUUUUCUUUUGUAUUUUCACGUGGUUUUGUGUUUGAUCUGAGAGAUGCAUAUGGAUGGAUUGUGUGUCCUGAAGGCUUCCCGUCAGUCUCUGGCCUCGUGGUGAUUCUCGUCUGCAGUGUGCUGUUAAUCUCUGUGAGGUUUGCUCUUGUUUACAUGUUCAUGAGCUGAUCCAAAUCCUGUCAUGUGUUCAGUGUUUAAUGCGCUGAAUGUUGCUCAAUGUAUUUGUCUUGAAUGCACAUGAUCCCAGCACAUGAUUGGCAUCGGUGUCUGUUAACUGGGUAAUGUCUGGACCUUUUUACAAUAAAUAUUACUUCUAAACAAA